AUGUAUCAAAUUUAUGCAGUGUUUAUCGGCCUCGGAUGCCUAAUAAGCGUUUUGCCUUUCAUUGUCCAUGGGAUACCCCUGUCCCUGACCCUGGGCGAACCUUUGAAUGCGAGCAGCAACCAGAGCUCCGUGUCACCGAACAUGACGGUCCCAUCGAAGUCUGAGGCGGUUCAAGCCCAAUUGCAGCUCCAGGACCUGGAGGCGGCUGCCGAUAACUCGGGAUACCGCGGACAGGAAUCGGAAAGUGGCAAAAUGGGCCUGUUUCCUGUCGCCUAUCAGAGCAAGCUGCGCACGGCGGACAAGGCACCAGCGCGCACGAAGGUGUCUGCAACUAAGCGCCCCAUGGUCCGUGGUAAUCUCACAAAGGGGGCUCUCAACUUCUGGGCCAUGCCCAAGGCUAAAAAACCAAAAGCAAAAGGAGAAGGAGAAGCACCAGCAAAAGCACCACCACCAGCACCAGCACCAGCAAUAUCACCUAGAGCAGGCGAGGGUAAAAUACGAACCAAAAGUUUCGAGAAAACGAUAUCGAUACCCCGAAUGGAGAGCGACCAUAUGGGCAAUUGGGUAUUCAAUCCUUGGGGUGUUACGUUCGGAGUACUUUGGCAGGAUACGCGAAUGCACUACAAAAUCAAGAACAGCAUGUCAGAAAUAAUCAUGGACACGCCAUAUCAUGGCCACUACCAAAUGUACUAUAACAAGCCGCAAACCCAAGUGUGCCGUGGCCUGUCGACAAUUUACAACAAGCCCAAGGUGUACAAGUGGCUGCAGCGCCGUAUCCUCAGGAACGUAACGCCCAAUUUCCACGUGUUCUCCUCGUACAGGCCCAUCUGGUUGGAUUUCCGAAGGGAGCUCUUCAAGAUGGGCAGAUCGGAGGCCUGCCACGUGUCGGCGAUGGACGAUUGGUUACUGUACAACAAUUGCGCCAUAUUGCGGAAUAUGCGAAUGGAGUAUCUAAUACCCAAGUAUCCACUGCAUCAGUACGGCUAUUACCACCCCCAAAUGAGAGUAGAGCUACCGUAUAAAUUGAUAUAGCAGACGCAGACACCAAUCUGACAACAAUUCAAAAUCAUUAAAGUUGUUUAUCUGGUGUAUCUAAAGAACUGUAAGAACAAUGAGCUAAGUGAUUUGUCUUAGGCGGUUAAGACCUGCACGUAGAGUCCCGGAUACAUUCUAUCCAUCGCACAAUUGAUCUGGAAAGGUCUCUCCAAGCAUUAUAUUUCUCUGCUUUACUUUUCCAUUACAUAAAAGACUAACACAGCAGAUCAAGUGAUGGAGAAAUCUAGAGAUCCGCUGCUUGCCAUGCCACCCAUUUCAUCCACUCCACUGUCCGAGGUGCGGAGGACCUGUGAAAUGUUUUAGAGAUAUCUUGCCAGUCCUGGACAUGAUCAGAUAUCUAUUUCCAGUUGGAGUUAUCGGUUAGAACGGGAUUAAUCUGGGACUUGAUAGAGGAUGCACUAGGACAGCCAUACUCAUGCUAUAAUUGAUCCUCCUGAGUGCUUAAUAAUUUUAACUUCUUCACGUUGGUGUUUACUGGUAUCAAAUAGUACCCUUUGUCUCAUCCGACGACAGGAUAUCCACAUCGAAUAACCUGAUCUUGGACUUUAGAUUGCUAGAUAUAAAUAUUAUUCGUAUUUUA